AUGGCAGCAGCUGCAGCCACUUCAGCAGCAUGUUCGUCCCCUUCAAUAUCCUGUGAUUUCGCCUCUUCCUCGGCAGCAACAGCAACAGCAGACAAUGACAACGCCUGCUUGCUGACAUCACAACACCUGCCGCUCGACUCAAACUCCUCCAUUCCCCAACACUAUCUGUCUCCCCCGGAGCUACUUGCUAUUGAUGCUGAUAUCAGUCAAGUUCUUAAAUGCAAGCCCUUAGAGGAGCAGCGCGUUAAGGCGCUGUGCGACAAGCUCAAGGAGAUUUUGAUGGAGGAAGGCAACGUGCAGCCUGUCCAGACCCCUGUGACAGUCGUAGGAGACAUCCAUGGGCAGUUUCACGAUCUGAUGCAAAUGUUUAAAUGCGCUGGAACAUGCCCCUCGGUAAAUUUUCUAUUUCUAGGAGAUUACGUGGAUAGGGGGUUCAACUCUCUCGAGUGCGUAACCCUCGUGUUUCUCCUCAAGGUUCGCUUUAGGCAUCGCGUAACUAUCAUUCGGGGAAAUCAUGAGAGCCGUCAAAUUACGCAGGUCUACGGCUUCUUUGACGAAUGCAUUCGCAAAUACGGGAAUGCCAAUGUCUGGAACCAAAUCACAGCGGUCUUUGACUUCCUGCCUCUAAGCGCCUUGAUUGAGGGGCAGAUCUUCUGUCCUCACGCUGGACUAUCACCUCAGCUGGAUACGUUGGAUUCUGUUCGCUCCCUCCAACGAUUGCAGGAAGUGCCUCACGAAGGGCCUAUGUGUGAUUUGCUGUGGUCGGAUCCUGAAGACCAGCUCGAGGGAUGGGGAGUCUCCCCCAGAGGCGCGGGUUAG